AUGAAAAAGGACGACUACUCACAAACGCUAUCAAAAUGUAGAGUCAUUCUAGGGGGGUUCUUGAUACACUGCACUUUGGGAAGCAUCUACUGCUUUUCCAACAUCAGCAUUUACGUGAUCUCCUACAUGAAGAUUAUAGGUUGCUCCAAUGUAAAAUACAAGGAUAGUAGUUGGGUAUAUGUGCUUACAUUAAUUUUUCAAUGUUUUUUUGGGUUUUUCGGAGGAAUGCUGAAUCAACAUUUGGGUCCACAGAUUAGCGUGUUAUUGGGUGGGUGGCUCAUGUGCCUGGGGAUCCUGCUGUCCUAUUUCACCGUAUUCAAUUUUUAUCUGUUUUUGAUGACAUAUGGGAUUUUGUGUGGUAUUGGAUGCGGCAUUGCCUACCCGAUUCCGCUCUCCGUGGCGGUGAAGAGGCACUACGAUUACAAGGGAGUGAUCAGCGGAAUAAUCUUCGUGGGGAGAGGUAUGGCAGUUUUUCUCAUAUGUCCCCUCCAGAAUUACUUCAUAAACAGGUACAACUACAUGCCCGAUUACACCCCAGAGUUUGACCCCACAGACGACAAGUACUUCAGCAACCUGGAGAUCCUUAACAGGGUUCCCUAUUUGUUCAUUUAUGAAGGAAUCAUUUUUGCAGUAAUUCAGUUUAUAGGUGCAUGUUUGAUAGCGGAAUCUGCAGAAAAGCCAAAUGAGUUCUUAGCUUUUAAUGAUAAAAAUAGCAAAAUAUUAUAUCUAGACCAUGGGGGGUAUGCAAAUAAAAAUCCCAAAGGAAUGUCUAGCUCAUUUAGGACUCUAUCUAAUACAUCUAACUUUUCUCUUAAAGAAUCCAACAGUACUUUUAUCAAUAGAGAUUUCAUCUUAAUAUGGUUGAUGGUGUUUUUUAACUGGCAAGCUAUUUCCUAUACUCAAGUUUUUUGGAAAAUAUUUGGAUUAAAUUACCUAAACAUUGAUGAUAGAUCUUUAUCUUUCCUCGGAGCUGUUUCUUCUGUCUUCAAUAUCAUGGGAAGAAUUUUUUGGGGAUUUAUAAGUGACUUGACAAGUUUUAAAACUGCGUUGAUACUGAUGAGUAUGUUGAUGAGUUUUCUUACUGUUACUUUAACGUUGUCUGGUUUAUGUGGCAAAAUUACCUACUGCAUUUGGGUUUGCCUAAUUUUCUUUUGCCAUGCCGGAACCUUUUCUAUUUUCCCCUCCAUCACUGCACAUACCUUUGGCACCCGCAACUUCGGGCCCAUUUUUGGUCUCCUUUUCACUGCUAGAGCUUUUUCCAGUAUUAUCAACGCCAUGUUGGCAGCUGUCAUUUUAAACAACGUUGGGAAUAUUGCCAUGUGUGCAGUUGUCUCCAUUUCAUCCUUCAUCAGCAUCAUGUUGGCGUUAGCCUUUUAG